UCUAAUAUAAAAAAAAUACAUCUAUACCACUACCCAUUUUGCAGGCAGGCAAUUUUUCUGCAAGCUUUGUAAACAAGGGAGUUACUUUGCAUAGCAUAGAUUGUACCAAGAUUUAUGCCUGCAGUGUCUGGGUUGUGGAACAAGAAUCUGAAGGCUGAUUCAUAAUUUUUAUGUGAGAAUCUUGGCAUUGCUCUAAGGAAUAACAGCCAAACCAUCCAGUCUGAUGUGUGAUUUAUUUCUUGUAAUUGGCUGGUCUACCAAGUCCUACCAGGUACAUUGAGAACUUUUGUAAAGGCAGCUAAGCUGGUUGCCAAGAGCUCUGUUAAACUGAACAUACAGAGAAAUUUGUAAAUGGAAAGAAUAGAAUAAAUAGAAUAAUAAACAACAUCAAUAACAAAGCAAUUUGCUGCAAGAGCCGUAAUUGGAAGUGGAAAGAGCACAAUGUCUGCACAGUUCUUUCUAGAUAUAAGAACACCAAAAGAAGUAAAAUUUUACCGUUAGGUAUCUGAUUUUCAAGGUCUGAAAUGGGAAAAUCAAAAGCUAUGCAAAAGAUAACCAAAAAAAUGCUUUCCAUUAAAGAACAGGAAGAGAACUGCAGAUGACCCUUCUCUAUACUUUUCUUUUGGGCAUAGCAAAGAGCUAUGAGCUCAGAAUUGGCACACAGGUGAGAUACAGCAGGGAGUGUGUGUGUUGGCUAGCUGGCAUCCACUCAGAUUGAACAGCUGCACUCGAGCAUAGUUUGCUACCUCUAGUUUGUGAUAAUCUAAAUUCUCUUUCCUGUACUGGGGAGAAGGCAUAGGCAAAUUUCAUCUCCUGACUAUAACUGCAUAAUACUCGAGGAGACAUUUUACUCAAAAUAAUUAAGAUGCUUUUCACUGUCACCGUUGGUGCAGGGACUAUUUGUACAUAAGAAUAUUUCAUACAAUGGUUUCAAUGCAUAAACUUUAGCUGAACAUUGAAAACACAAAAAUGGCACAGAAUAUACCAGUAAAAUUAGUGUUUGGUGGUGGUGACUCUUUAAAAAAAUAUUAUAGGUUAAAAGUGAGCAUUUGAAACUGUUAUACAUGGCGAAAAUAACUCAACCCACUAAUUUGUGGAAAAGUGGUGACUUGGAGAUGCAGAGACUUUGUAUACCGAAUGGCAUUUGACUAGCUGGUUAGUAACUAACAUGGAGGGCAUUUGACAGCGCCAGGAAACUGUGUGCUUUGCAUUCACCAGUCUACACACAGAAGCAGGGAUGAUUUGUUAAAGACUUGCACUGAUUUUACCACCUUUUGGUUAAGGCCCAGAAGGAAUAUCAGCUGCCUGACUGCUAGACCCACAGAGGAACUUUAGCCAUCAGAAUAUUGAGUGCUGAGUUUAACAUCUCUUAGGUCCCAUGAAACCUUGGGGAAUUCACAUACAUUUUUGGGAAGCCCUGGCUUCUGGCAUGAUACUGUGUGUUCCUUCCAUUUCUACACUGAAAUCUUGGUUCUAGCGAGGCGGACAGAACACAACCAUUUAUUUGUUCUAUUUUUUUUCCCAUGCAAAUUAUUUGAAUAUAUCUUAUUGGCAUGAUGGGUUUGACUGCAUGUUCCCUGAGAUUUGUAAGAGUUGGUUCUUAUUUCUGAAAAAACCCAAAACUGAAUAUAAUACAAAUGCUUACAACAGUAAUAAACCUCCCACUUCAAUAAGAGUCUUCUGUUCUCACCCUUUUUGGAGCACUAUUGCAGCAUGAACUUAUUGGUAGUGUACUAGCAACAGCAAAGAAAACAAAAAAAUAAAAAAAGAAACAACUCUAUGGCUUUAGAAAGGAGCAUGCCUAGUACAUUUCCCCCUUUAAUAUUAUCGAAUGGUCAUAAUGAAUUUCAGAUCAGAAUCACUGUUCAGUUAAAGACAGGAGAAGACCACUAGAUGGUGGUAAAAAACCAAUCCUUUGCUACGAGAUCUGUGGAAAGAGAAGUCCAGAGGGGCAAAGAAGGGGAGGAGGAGCCACAGUUUGAGUACUGAAGUCAUUAUUGCUUGGAGUCUAUAAAAAGGCAGUUGCACAGAAUCCCCAGCCCCAGAUGUUGGGAGAGGAGGGGGGCUGAAACUUCAGCUCUCUGGAGGAAAGGUUGCAGGCGAUGAAGAGGAAGAGCAGCUGAAGGAGCAGCUCUGAUAAAUAGGAUCUUUUAUCUUUUGGAAAAUGCAUUUAUCACACUCCUCGGCAAGCCCCUCAGAAGGAAUAGAAUGUGUUAGCUUCCAGACAUGAACACGUCCUCUCAAUUGUAUGUUUCUGAACUAAACUUGAGUGCCUUUGGUAGCAACUUUACUGGGCCUACUGUCAAGAGCAAGUCAUCGCCAUGUGAGCAAGUGGUCAUUGCAGCUGAGGUGUUCCUAACUCUGGGCAUUGUAAGCCUGCUUGAAAACAUCUUAGUUAUAUGUGCAAUAGUUAAGAACAAGAACUUGCAUUCACCAAUGUAUUUUUUUGUUUGCAGUUUAGCAGUGGCUGACAUGCUGGUUAGUGUGUCUAAUGCUUGGGAGACCAUAACAAUAUACUUAAUAAACAAUAGACACAUCAUUAUGGAAGAUGCCUUUGUCCGUCAUAUAGACAAUGUCUUUGAUUCAAUGAUUUGCAUAUCUGUGGUGGCUUCCAUGUGCAGUUUGCUGGCUAUAGCAGUAGACAGAUACAUCACUAUCUUCUAUGCCCUGCGUUAUCACAACAUCAUGACAGCGAAAAGAUCAGGGCUUAUUAUUGCAUGCAUCUGGACUUUUUGCACGGGCUGUGGCAUUAUCUUCAUUCUUUAUUAUGAAUCAACUUAUGUGGUCAUUUGUCUCAUCACUAUGUUUUUUACCAUGUUGUUCCUCAUGGUCUCACUGUACAUCCAUAUGUUCCUCCUGGCUCGUACUCAUGUGAAGAAAAUUGCUGCUUUGCCUGGGUACAACUCUGUCCGUCAAAGAACCAGCAUGAAAGGAGCCAUCACUCUGACUAUGCUUCUUGGUAUCUUCAUUGUUUGCUGGGCUCCAUUCUUCCUUCAUCUCAUCCUGAUGAUCUCCUGCCCUCAAAACCUCUACUGUGUUUGCUUCAUGUCUCACUUCAACAUGUACCUCAUUCUCAUUAUGUGCAAUUCAAUGAUCGAUCCCUUGAUCUACGCCUUUCGUAGCCAGGAAAUGAGGAAGACCUUCAAAGAGAUAAUUUGUUGCUAUAGCCUGAGAAUGGUCUGUGGUUUGUCAGACAAAUAUUGAGAAAGCAAAACCAAACCAAGGAAGAGAAUAGAAAUGCAACAUCUUACCGCAUCUUAUAACUCUGCUGAAAUGCCUAUGGAACAUAGUUUCUCUGUUCAGCUGUAAUGAUUUCUGCAGCAAUCAGAACCUAUUUUUUAACAUGUGAUUUUACAUUUCUUUGCCUCCACAUACCUCUGUCAUGCUGAUGGUAGGAGCUACUCAGUGCGUCUCUAAAAUGGGGAAAAGAAUAUUUUGAAUCUCAUUUACUCUACCGAAGGCUGGAUUUUGUUAGGGGAUUAUACAGGGAAAGCCAUAUUUUCUUUCUGCUAAAUGCAAUGAGUGAGACCUGCCAUGUGAAUGAACCCAUCAUCCUUUCAAUACAUGUUUCUUUUGAUAUUAUCUUUCUCUCUAGGAAAAAAAAAUUGUCUCUCUAGGUAAAAAUAAGCCUGGCUUAUUUUGAUGUCUAGAAUUACCAGAUGGUGUUUUUUAUUUUUUCUUUUUUUUUUGCUAUUUCUUUCUGAAGAUAUAAAAUCAGAAAAGUAGCUCCAAUUAUCACGCUUCACAUACCUUGGUCAACAAUUAUGACCAAUAUACAUGCACAUAUCAGCAGUCUUGUAUUCCAGUAAUGACUGUUACUGUCAUAAAAUGUGUAUUAUGUAAGAGGCCUGUUUUACCAUGAGAUUUUCCAGGUUGGAUACAGUACUUUGUCAUAUAUGACUAUCUGUGUUUUAAUCCCACUGAUGCGUGAUGUAUCUUAGAUGGAUUUUAAGGCUGAAUAUGAAGACUGAGCUGAUUUGAGUUUGUGUGUUUUCUUUAUUCACCAGGGCUAGAGAGGUAAAGGGUACAUGACUCUAGAUAGUCGUGAAAUGUUUUGUGAAGAUCGAAAGACUUGGGUGAGUGCCUGCCUUUGAACAGACAUCAGAAAAACCUUUUGGCUGUGAGGAGCCUCUGUUACUGGAGGAAGUUGUUCUGUAGAUUGUAUAUUUCAAGCUGGGAGAGAAAAAAAAAGUUUGAUAAUCAAAAACCAUAGCAGGCAAUGGCAAAAGAGGGAUUUCAAAACUUCAGGCACGUGUAGCUAUGACAAAGAGUCCUGACUUUUGCUCCCCAAAGCAAGCAGAUUUUGUCUUUGUUGAGAGGAUUCCAGGCUGAAACUCUCAUGCCUUUUGUUUGAGUAAUUUGCAUCUAGUCAUGCUUUCAUAAAUGUGCUGUUCUGCAACAGCUGUGUAAUGUACAAAAUGUUGAAUUUAUCACAGAUGAAGGAAGUGGAAGUAUGGCAUUGAUCUCUUGAUGAGCAUGGAUGGUGCAUAUCUUGCACUGUGAUUUAAGCUAUGAAAAUAUUUCAAGUGGUGGCAACCCACUAACUAGAUAUCAGACAAAAUGGAAAAAUGAGCUAUUCCUUCUGAAAUCUGAAAGAAUAAUGCUUGUUAUACUUGGUUUAGAGAUGCAGUAAAACUCUUGUUCUCAGUAGAAAGAAUAUGAUUUACUCCAUGGGUGUUAGGUUAUACCUUCAAGGUGAAAGUCCUGAUUCAGUUAUAGGAAAUUUUUUACGAUAAGGGUGGUCAAACAUAGGAACUGGUGCCCAGUUGUUGUACAAACUCCACCCUUAAAGAUAUUCAAAACUUGACUGGACACAGCCCUGAACAAUCUGGUCGAAGUUGAAAGGUGAUUGACUUUGAAGUUGGCCCUGCUUUGAAUGAUUAGGAAUAGAUUACCUCCAUAGGUCCCUUCCAAACCAAGUUAUUUGGUUUCUAUGAAACAGUUUGCAUAUUAUGAUAAAAUGAUAAUUUUUCCCUUCUAAUUUUAUCUUUUGUGUAAGAAAAAUUGUAAGAUAUUCUCCUCCAAACAUUUAAAAAGAUAGAGCGCUUGUGUUUUCAUUUGCUUUGGAGGUCUCUGACAGGGGAAGUAAGGUGUAGCUUUAGCACUAGAGUUAUACAUUUUGUAUGCUGCACCUUAAAAGAUAUUAUUCCUCCAGCUCACACUUGUCUCACUCUAACAUGAGUGGGAAUGUUAUUGCCAGUGAAGAUAUCUUAUUGCGCUGACUGAUAUAAUGGUUAUAUCAGUGCACUAGGUUCUGGAAUCUUCCUUCAGCUACAUCUGAAAAUAGGAUUUCAGAGAUAUGUUUGUGGUCAGUAGUGAGAAUCUUGCCUUGUUUCAGUCCAUCUCUUAACCCCAUCCAUAAAUAGCACCUAACUAUGGGCUCUUGCAACUAGGAAUGUAAAUGGCAAAAGGAGGUAGCUCCAUUGCAUAGUGAAAGGCACCAGCUGAUGUAAAUAAAUCAUUAAAUCCUCACCAGGUAUUGCAAAUAAGACAGUCUUGUACAUAAUUGGAAAACGAGAAAGGGGAAACCAAAAGUGUAAAAGCUUUGGGUGUUUUGUUGAAUUGUACAUUAAUUUUUUUGUUUUGUUUUGUUUGAAGUUUGUUUGAUGUAUAAACACAGACAUAUGAAGAAACUAUUAAACUGGAUUGCUGGAAAA